AUGCCUGAAGCCAGUAAAGACAACGGUGGCUGCUGGGUCCCGCAUCACCCCCGCGGGGGCCCCAAGCCCGAGCAGCCCCCCGGGGAUGGGGAGGCUGCGCUGCACCGGGAGGAGACCAGCACCUUGGUGGAGAACUGCAGCAGCUCCAACGGAGUCAGCCAGGAGAAGCUGGGUGAUACAAAAGACGACAUGACUGACCUACAAGUGAAUGGGAACGCUGGUCAUUAUCCUCUGGAUGUAGAGGAGGCAGAAGAAGACUCUAGCGCGCAACUCAACAUGCGUGGAGUUUUUCUGCAUGUUUUUGGUGAUGCCUUAGGUUCAGUAAUUGUGGUAGUGAAUGCCUUGCUCUUUUAUGGAUUGUGGAAUCCAUGUGUCAAAGAUAAGGCCUGCUUUAAUCCAUGUGUCAAUAACCAUUGCAUGGAAAAUGUUACUUUCUCCCAAGCACUUGGCAGAGCAAACACGUCUGAGCAAGAGAGCAUUACAGUGGCUGGUCCGUGCUGGUUGCUGUACUUAGAUCCCAUCCUUUGCUUGAUCAUGGUCUGUAUACUUCUUUACACAACUUACCCAUUACUUAGGGAGUCAGCCCUUAUACUUCUACAGACUGUUCCCAAGCAAAUAGAUGUUCAUUCUUUGAACUCAAAAUUGCGCACCCUCGAAGGAGUCGAAGCGAUCCACGAGUUACACAUUUGGCAGCUGGCAGGCAGUAGGAUCAUUGGCACUGCUCACAUAAAGUGUCCUGACCCUUCCACAUACAUGAUGGUGGCAAAGCGAAUAAAAGAGAUCUUUCAUGACGAAGGGAUUCAUGCAACUACCAUUCAGCCCGAGUUUGCCAGCGUUGGCUCUGAAUCAGGGAGAGGGAAAUGCGAGUUUCCUUGCAGGACUCAGUGUGCUUUGAAGCAGUGUUGCGGAACAGGAGAAGAUAGUACUGCAAAGAAGACAGAAAAAUCUUCGUCAUUUAGUAUUUCUUGUUCAGAAGUUGUCAUUGAAUUUCCGAAAACUAGAAGGACUAAGUCAGAGAGCAUCCCUUCAGUCAAGCUAGAGGCAGAAACCGACCAAAACGAGCAGUUUGAAUCAUCUUUGUAACUCCUCGAAUGGUGCUACCUGAGUUUUGGUGACUUUGACAACAGCUGUGUUGCAAGAGGAACAGACAGACUUUUCAGAUGCAAUUUUGCCAAGUAGUGUAAUUGCUGAAGCCCUUGUUGUUGUCAUUUUGCUACAUCUAGAUGCUCGUUUUAAAGAAUGAUGUCACUGUCAUGAUACAAUGUGUUUGCAUUGACUUUUUUCUGACAGACAGAAAGUGCACCAAUGCUGUAACAACUCGAGAAAACCAGUUUCAGCAUUUCAGCAGAGACGCUGCUGCUGCUGUCCUUUGAAUGAAAAUAUUUUUUCCAGUGAAAAGGUAUUUGAGGGACAAGCAUGUAGAAACUCAAUUUACGUUACAGAUUUCUCUUACCUGCUCUUUCCUUUGAUAUUUGAUUUGUAGAUAUUUUAAUAUAUUGUUUAUUUAGAAGCCCUAAGGAAACCAAAGUUCAUAGAAUGUUUUUAAAGAUAGAACUACUUAAAACUGGAAACCACUUGGCAAUUUCACGUUUUUCUUAAAACUAUAUAGUAAUAAAUGUGAACGCUUUUCUAAUUAUUUUCUCAUAUAGCGCAUCUUAAAGAGAACAAAACAUGAUUGUUAGAAACUGUCCCCCCUUUUUCUGGUAAGGUAGUGAGGUAAUUAAAAUCAACUGCUUGUGAAAACAUCAGAUGUGAAAGGGUUUUUUUUUCUUUCUAUCAGAAUGGAAGUUCAAGCUCUUCUGUAUAGUGCUUUGUGAUCAAGACGUGAGACUGACCGAUAAAGUAAUGCAUACCUU